AUGGAAACAUUUACAAGAGGACCUCUACGUUUGACAGACAAGGAAGUUGACGAUUUGAUGAAACGAUAACCACAUCUGUUGAAAUAAAGUUAUGAACAAAUACCAAGUUUGACUCCCAAUUCUCAAGAAGUAAUUAGUAGAUAGGCUACAAUCAACGUGGGUACAAUCGGACAUGUGGCUCAUGGAAAGUCCACUCUAGUGAGAUCUGUAUCAACUAUUAACACUGUGCGUUUCAGAUAAGAGAGAGUCAGAAACAUCACAAUUAGAUUGGGCUAUGCCAAUGCGAAAAUCUUUAAAUGUCCAAAAUGUCCUGAACCUCAAUGCUAUUAAUCCUUUUCGAGCGAGAAGGAAGACAAUGCUCAAUGCGAAUUAUGCAAGGAAGUGAUGACUUUAGUCAGACACAUAUCCUUUGUCGAUUGUCCAGGACAUGAUAUUCUGAUGUCAACAAUGUUAACUGGUGCUGCUGUCAUGGAUUGCGCAUUACUCAUUGUAGCUGCCAACAUGCCUUGUCCUCAACCUCAAACUCAAGAACAUCUGGUUGCCUUGGUCAUCACUAAAUUGAAAUAUGUCAUCGUCAUCCAAAACAAAGUAGAUAUUAUCUUUAGAGAUCAACAGGCUGCUCUCAGAAAUUACGAAGAAAUUACGAGAUUUAUCAAAGGAACCAUCGCAGAAGAUUCACCCAUCAUACCAGUGUCCGCUCAAUUGAAGUACAAUAUUGAUUGUGUUCUCUAAUAAAUUUGCAACUUUUUCCCCAUCCCAGAUAGAUAAUUGCAAGUACCACCCAAAAUGAUCAUUAUUAGAUCCUUUGAUGUCAAUAAGCCUGGUGAAAAACCAGAAAACUUACAUGGAGGUGUAGUAGGAGGUUCAAUCCUUUAGGGAAUCCUCUCAGUUGGAGAUGAAGUUGAAAUCAGACCAGGAAGACAAUCUAAGAAUGGAAAUCAAACUACUUGGCAUCCUAUUACUACCAGAGUUGUCUCUCUCUAUGCUGAAUAAAAUGAAUUAGUCUAUGCUGUCCCAGGAGGACUUAUUGGUGUUGGAUUAUUGAUUGAUCCAUCCUUGACUCGUAACGACAAUCUAGUCGGAUGCGUUUUGGGAUUCCCUAAAUAAUUACCUGAACUCUAUAGAGAAUUAGAAAUCAAUUAUUAUUUGAUGGUCUCAGUCGUUGGUGCUCAAUAACAGGAUGGAAAAACCCAAAAGAUCGCCAAGAUUUAAUAAGAUGAAAUGUUGAAAUUCAAUGUCUUGUCAAAUGAAACACCAGGAAGAGUCAUUGAAGUCAGAGAAGAUAAAAUAAUGAGAGUGGCUCUCAAUAAUCCAGUAUGCACUGGUUUGUAAGAGAAAGUGGCAUUCAGCAGAAGAUUAAACAAUAAAUUUAGAUUGAUUGGUUGGGGUAUUAUAACAGACGGAAGAACAAUCACAUUAUGAAAUGUAAAAUAUAAAAAAUAUAUUAACAAUCUAAUCAAACUCCUUUUA